AUGCUGGAUAUGAUCAUUAGAGAUCAGUCUUCUUCAGUAAGAAGAAGGUAUUGUGAUCGUGAACGUAAACAGGGUGAGGCGCGCUUGAUGAAAGACUACUUUGUUGAGAACCCAACAUAUGAUGAAGUAACAUUUCGACGCAGAUUCCGAAUGCGGAAACCACUAUUCCUACGUAUAGUGGAAGCUGUUACAGCUAAUGAUGUAUAUUUUCAACAGAGAAGUGAUGCCACAGGUAGGCAAGGUCUUUCAUCAUUGCAAAAAUGUACUGCAGCUAUGCAUGUGCUAGCGUAUGGGACAUCAGUAGAUGCACAUGAUGAAUAUUUAAGAAUAAGUAAAACUGUAACAAGGGAUGCUCUUAUGAAGUUCGUAGAAGGUGUUAUUUCGUGUUUCAGUCAACAAUACCUUAGAAAGCCCAAUGAUAAUGAUUUAGCAAGGUUACUCCAUGUUGGGGAAGAACGUGGAUUCCCAGGAAUGAUGGGCAGCAUUGAUUGUUCGUGCAAUGAUAUUAACGUCCAUCAACGAUCUCCUGUUUUUGAUGAUGUAUUAUCAGGUCGGGCACCAAAUGUUAGUUACGUCGUGAAUGAGGCUGUUAGAAAAGAUGUUGAACGAGCAUUUGGAGUUCUACAAGCUCGUUUUGCAUUUCUUCGAAAACCAUGUCUUGUGUGGGACAAGGAGGUGAUAGGGAAAAUUAUGAUUGCAUGUAUAAUUAUUCAUAAUAUGAUCGUUGAGGAUGAACGAGACGCAUACCUUAACUAUUAUGAUCCAUCUGAAUUUUUAAGUGAGAGGCCCACAAACCGGAGGCAUGCAACAUCUACUGAAGACGAUGAACUACCAUUUCAAAUCUCUACCGAACGAAUUGCGUCUCUAUCAAGUUAUAUGACAAUUAGAGCACAACUUCGUAAUAGAGAAGCUCAUAAUGCUCUAAAAAAUGAUCUGAUUGAGCAUAUAUGGAACAAAUUUGCAGUUGACGAAUAA